GGCGUUAUCCUUUAACCUGCUCAAUCGAUAACCUGAGCAAACACCAAUUCCCGUCUCAGUUCCGCAAACAUACAGUGCUGGUUCAUUUUACCUUAUCCCACAUCCUGCUGGCGCAAAAUUCACUGGAAAGUGACAGAGUGUGCUUUGUUUUGUUUUUUUGUUUUGUUUUUUGCGGAUGUAUUGAAGGGUGAGUUAUAGGUGUGUAUUUAAUAGGUAAUCGGCGGAAGGCUCUGUCUCACCUUUACACACGAAAGUAGUCCCUGUUAGUAAAGAGAAGGGGGCUCUGAGCGUCUCCCUGCCGCCAGACGCACCUCCUCGCACGGCUCGCAUCAUCCGGUCGGUCUCCGCCCCUACGCUCCAUCAUCAGCGCCGAUCCAGAGCAGGAAAAAAAAAAAACGACAGCAGCACGAGGAUUCACAUCGGUGGAAAUAAGGAACCAUGAAGGACCGCAUCCAGGAACUUAGACAUGGCAAGGAGACAACGGAGGAAGAGGAUGAAGUCGCUGUUGGCAUGGACAAAGGCUUUAUGGAUGAGUUCUUUGAACAGGUUGAGGAGAUCCGGGGUUUUAUCGAGUCUCUGGCAGAGAAAGUUGAAGAGGUGAAGAGGAAGCACAGCGCCAUCCUGGCCUCACCUAACCCCGAUGAAAAGACCAAAGCCGAGCUUGAAGAUCUAAUGACAGACAUCAAGAAGCUGGCGAACAAAAUACGCUCCAAAUUAAAGACUGGAAGAAACACAACAAACGAGGAGCUAGAGAGCAUGUUAGAAAGUGACAACCCUGCUAUCUUUACGUCGGGGAUAAUUAUGGAUAACAUCACCCAACAAGCAAUGAAUGAGAUCGAGACGCGGCACACUGAGAUCAUCAAGCUGGAAAACAGCAUCAGGGAGCUUCACGACAUGUUCAUGGAUAUGGCCAUGUUGGUGGAGAGCCAGGGCGAGCUGGUGAACAACGUUGAGCGGUGUGUUCUGGGUGCUCAGGAAUAUGUGGAGGAAGCAAAGGAGCGCAUCCCGAAAUGCAAAAAGUUCAAAAAGAGCAGCAAACGGGGGGAAAUGAUAGACCGCAUAGAGUACAAUGUGGAGCACUCGGUAGACUAUGUGGAGAGGGCAGUAUCAGACACUAAGAAGGCGGUUAAAUACCAGAGUAAAGCCCGGAGGAAGAAAAUCAUGAUCCUUAUAUGCUGUGUGGUUUUGGGAAUUGUCAUCGCUUCCAUAAUUGGAGGAACCCUGUCUUAAACCUCAGCUGCCAUCACAGUGAAACAUGCAUACACAGUUACAAAGCUACACACUCACUCACACACAUACAUACACAGAUACACGCAGAAACAGAAGGUUAUCUGUAUGAAGAAAUUGCAGUCUAGAACAUGUUUAGCGGAAGACGCGCCGCAUGCUGAGCGGUGCGUUCUUCACACAGUGUACAGGGCCAGAGGUGUUCUCGCAUGAGUUGCUAUUUUGUAAACGUGUGGUGCUGCAAAUUGUUCAUCUGAGUGUUGUCAAGGGUAUAAUGUUUCUUGAAAUGGGACGUUGCAAAAAUGACGUGUAAAGCUAUUCUUAGACAUUCCGACUUGCAAAUAAGACACCACUUUGUUUGUAAUAUAUGUUUUGUGUCGUACAAGCAAAGUGACAGGUCACUCAUCUGCAGUGUUUUCAGAGACGAUAUUUUGCAUAUUCACUUCUUUUGAGGUUUUUUUGUAGUGUUUUUUGGAAAUAUUUUAGUCUAGUUUCCUUCGAAGCCCUGCAUGGUUUAGUUCACGGUAAAGUGUUGUUUUGUGUUCGAAUGCAAGAAAUAACAAGAAGUAAUCAAACCCUGUACAGGUGUUCAUGUUUUGCUGGUUGCAUCAUCACACAAACUCCUUUUGUUUUACUAUUGUUUUAUACAUAGCUGAAGCAACACAACUGUUCUUCUUUUCCUCAGUCCUUACUAGUGUGGCUCUCUGUAUGUAUGCAUGUAUGUUUAAGAGCAUAAUUUCUGUAGCUUCUCGUCAGAAUGUGGACUGUUGAAUCAAACUGGUGAGUUGGUGGUUAGCCACCCACCCGUGUCUUUAUUUUUUUAAUUGAUACAAAGCUCUCUAACACUGCCAGUCAGCUCCACUAAGCUAAACAGAGUCUAUCCUACUUAAAUGAAAAUGUAAUAUCUGCUUAAUUUGUGUGCUUUUCUUUACUCGAUAUACUUAUUUGUUUCCUUGAUGAGUCAAUCAACACAAAGCCAGGGUGGCCCUUAUUCGUUUUUUUUUACGGACACGUCACACGAGCACAGACUGCAACCGUGUUACCAUGUUGCCUACUCAACGUGUUGCCUUUGUGUUGUAUUGUGAUCAACUGGUUUUCUUUGUUUUAAUUUGAUCUAUUUUUGUUUUUUGUUCUGUUUUCAAGUAAAGUCUCUUUGGAAAAUGA